AUGGAUAGUGAGUGGAUACACGUAUUGUUUCAGCCCCAACAGGCGAGCCUUCUCAGUUACCACCAGUACUAUCAACUGCCGCCUCUGCAACCUCCUCCGUUGUUGGCGGUGAUACCACCACCAUCUAGCGCGGUUGUCCCGCCGGUGCACCACGGGCAUCCGCCAUAUGUGGCUCAGCAUCAACAACAAGCGGUGUUCAGUUCUUACGGCGCUCCUCAACCCUCCACAAAAGAGGUUUGCACCCUCUUCAUUGUUGGCCUUCCAGAAGAUGUAAAGCCCUGCAGAAUCUACAAUCUUUUUCGCGAAUUUCCCUGCUACGAGUCUUCACAUCUCUGGAGUCUCAGUAAUUCGUCUCAACCUUUUGCUUUUAUUGUGUUCACCAGUGAGCAGUCAACAAUCAUGACAAUGUAUGCUCUGAAUGGCAUGGUGUUUGAUCUUGGGUAA